GAUGAUCACUUAUAUAAUUUGGUCCAAAACAUCAUAAGACAUCGUGCCUAGGUAACCAACUCUAUGGAAACACACGUGAGAUUUGGAUUACGUACAAUUUCCUUGGUCCUUUUUCUGACUCUUACUACAAGUUUAAGCUCAACUGCAUUUGAUGUCAGUGAAUAUGAAGAUGGGGAAAGCGUUGAUAUAGCAGAUUUUAUCUUAAGUUUUGGAAAUGAAAUGGAAGACAUGGAAGAAAACGAAUGGCAGAUGGUGCAAACUAAAGCAAACCAAUUUGUGGUGAACGACCAACCUUUCUAUGUCAAUGGAUUCAACACUUACUGGUUGAUGGUAUUUGCUGCGGAUGAGUCCACCAGAGGAAAGGUCACUGAGGUGUUCAAACAUGCAUCCUCUGUGGGCAUGACAGUUUGUAGGACUUGGGCCUUCAAUGAUGGCCAAUGGCGUGCUCUUCAGAAAUCUCCAUCAGUUUAUGAUGAAGACGUGUUCAAGGCGUUGGAUUUCGUGGUAAGUGAAGCAAAUAAAUACAAAAUAAGGCUUAUAUUAUCACUGGUUAACAACUGGGAGGCUUACGGUGGCAAAGCACAGUAUGUAAAGUGGGGCAAUGCAGCUGGCCUCAACCUGACCUCUGAUGAUGCCUUUUUUUCACAUCCAACUCUCAGAAGCUAUUACAAGGCUCAUGUUAAGACUGUGCUCAAUAGAGUUAAUACAUUCACAAAUAUCACUUACAAGGAAGAUCCAACCAUUUUUGCUUGGGAACUGAUGAAUGAGCCUCGGUGCAACUCAGACUCUACAGGUGAUGUGUUACAGGAUUGGAUAAAAGAAAUGGCAUUCUAUGUGAAAAGCAUUGAUACAAAACAUCUGGUGGAGAUUGGACUGGAAGGAUUUUAUGGCCCCUCGACACCUCAGAGAUAUCAGUUAAACCCAAAUGCAUAUGCUCACCAGGUCGGAACUGAUUUUAUCAGGAACCACCAGGUUCUAGGUGUUGACUUCGCUUCUGUUCACAUAUAUCCAGACUCAUGGAUUUCACAAUCAAUUGCUGAUUCACACCUCCCAUUUAUAAAGUCUUGGAUGGAAGCGCACAUAGAGGAUGCUGAAAAGUAUCUCGGAAUGCCUGUUGUUUUUGGUGAGUUUGGUGUGUCUGCAAAAGCUCCUGGCUUCAAUUCAUCAUACAGAGACAACCUUAUAAACACUGUGUACAAGACAAUCCUAAACUCUACCAAGAAAGGAGGCAGUGGAGCUGGAAGCCUUGUGUGGCAGCUCUUUCCUGAUGGAACGGAUUACAUGGAUGAUGGGUAUGCAAUUGUUCUCUCAAAAUCACCUUCCACAUCAAGCAUUAUAUCCCUUCAAUCCACAAGGCUAGCCCUCUUCAAUUCCUUGUGCUCUACAAAAUGUCGUUGGGGUUGUAAGAAGCGAAAUGUGUUGGAAACAGCACUCUAUCAUGACGAACUCUAAUACCAUAUGAGGAAAGUUGCAAACUUCUGCUAUGUAAAAAACAUGUAUCUGGUGCAUCCAAGAUAAUAGCUUCAGUAUGAAAAUGAUACUACAGAGAAAAGUGAAGAGAAGAGAUAAAUAUGGGUAUGCAGCAUACCAUUGUAUUGAUGCCAAUAGUUAUACUUUGUAUGUUCUGACAGUUGUGUGGCAAUUUGUAAAAUAAGCUAGUAAUUUUGGUGUGAAGAACUAUGUUAUUA